AUGAAUAAAGAAUCAUAUCAAGGUCCACAAGGAGGUCCACCACCUCCUCCAGGUCCUGUAAAUCAAGCAACACCAAGAGCAAGCGAUAAUGCCGCAAAAAUGUUAUAUAAUUGUGCAGAUUGUGGAGCAGAAAAUGAAAUAAGACCAAAAGAACCUUUACGUUGUAAGGAAUGUGGACAUAGAAUUAUGUAUAAACAACGAACAAAAAAGACUCGUUAA